AUGAACUCCAUCGCCCCACUACUAUGGGCGAUCGUUUUCCUUGCGCUGACCAUCGGUGUUUUCAGCAUCGUCUUUCUGCAAGGUGUGACCAGCUUCAUCCACGAUGCCACCUCCUCGAACGUGAGCAUCGAAGGUGUUCGCACGUACUACAGCUCCUUUCCCAUGGCUUCCUUCUCCUUGUUCAUGGCGAUUACGGGUGGCGACGAUUGGUGGAACCUCGUCAGGCCUCUGCUGGAGAUCUCCGAGGUUUAUGCUGUUCUGUUCGUGCUCUACAUCUCGCUCAUGGUCCUCGGGGUCAUGAACAUCAUCACGGGCAUUUUCGUGGAGAGUGCCACAGAGCUGUCGCGCUUAGACCGAGACCUGGUCACUCAGGCAGAGCAGGAGCGAAUGGCUUUGUACAUGAAGGAGCUUCGAAAACUUUUCAUGGAGCUGGACACAAACCGAGAUGGGACCAUCACGCUUCAGGACGGCCGCGAAAAGGGCUAG